AUAAUAAUAAUAAUAAUAGUAAUGAUAAUAAUAAUAAUACGUUUCCAGUUACGUAUGAUCAAUAUGAAAGGAGUAUAGAAUAGUUCAUUAUAAUUAAAUCAUGAAUAUUAUUAUAAUCAAUGAUUAUAUUCUAUUAAUUUAUUUAAUAUUAUGGAUUAAUGCUGAUGAAUUUCAUGUUGUUUCUCCAGGACCAUGUUUACAAGAAGGUGAUGCAUAUUGUAUGCGACGUGUUGCUAAUAGUAUGUGUUCAUUAGAAAAAAAUGAAUGUUUUUGUAAACCUGGUUAUGUAUCAAUACAAGAAAGUUAUGGAAUUACUUGUAAAACAUUGUUAACCAAUUUAAAAUGUCAAGUGGAUAGUGAUUGUAUACAUGUAGUGAAUAGUGCAUGUCAUCCAGGUGCAGGAUAUUGUGCUUGCCCAGGUGGUACAAUUUAUGUUUCUCAGGAUAAUGCAUGUCGACAGUCAGCAGAGAAUAAUCAAAAUCCAUUUUGUUUAAAAUGUCGACAAGCUAACGGAGUAUGUUAUCAUUAUUCUUCUAAUCAAAUAUUAAAUUCAAAUGAAAUGAAACAAUAUAAACGUUAUGAAUAUAAAGAUCAUAAAUUAAUCCCUUUCAAUAGUCCUGUGGAUGUAAUAUUUAAAGAAAUUCCUCAAUAUUCUGAAAAUACAGAGACAUAUGGAUGCAGUUGUCCACAUAAUACUGGAAUGUUAGUUUCAUUUUCAAUGAAUGAUAUAACAACAAAUAUAAAUCAUAGUCAUUUACAAAAACCUCAUCAGUUUACAUCAUUCAAUAAACUUGAUGAAAAUAUAUCCUUAUCAACAUAUCAGUUUGUACAACAACAAUUUCCUCAAUGGUAUUUUUGUAAAGCAAUGAUGGUCGAUUUAUGGGAAUACUGUAACAAUAUUGAUUUAUUAUGUCGAACUAAAAAUGCACGUUGUAUCAAAACGGAUAAUGAAUUAGAUUUACUUCAAUUUACAUGUCAAUGUAUACCUGGUUAUAUACCAGUUUAUCAAAAUCAUUUAGAUUAUCAUGAAUGUUUCCGUCAACUUGAAGCGAAUCAUUCCAGCUGUUCGUCAUGUAUUCAUUCAAAUGGAAAAUGUUAUACAAUGAAUGAACAAGACAUUGAAUCAUCGAUUGGUUGUUUAUGCCCAAAUAAUCUUCAAUCUAUAAUAACAUCUUCAACACAGACUAACUUAAUACAUCAACAACAACAACAACAUAAUAAUAAUAAUAAUAAUAAUAAUCCUAUUGAUAGUAAUCAUGAUGGGAUCAUAAACAAUAAUAAUAAUAAUAAUAAUAAUAAUAAUAAUGAUAAUGAUAAUCAUUUACAGAAUAAUUAUAAAUCAAUGCUAUCACAGGCAACAAUCAUGGAAUAUGAAGUGUGCGGAGAAAAUUUAGUACAUGUAUUUUGUCAACGACAUUUAUUAGAAAUUUGUUUCUUACCAAUGAAUCAAUCACCAUAUGAAAAUUUAGCUGAAAAUUUACAAUUACAUCAUUCCAUUGCAUUUAUUACAAAUUUAACAAUUUAUCAAAAAUUUAUUAAUACAUGUAUAUUAAAUAUAAAAAAUUCUGGUUUAUAUCAUAAACAAUGGAAUGAUACAAUAUUAAAUUAUAAUAAAUUUAAUACAAAACAUAUAUGGUGUAAAACAAUUGAUUGGAGACAAGAAUCAACAAAUAUCCCAUGUGGUCUUAGUAUUACUGAAUAUAUGACUGGUGAUUUAUAUACUGGUUACUUGGCUAUAAUUACAAACCAAGAAUAUCGUAACCAUGAAGUUGAUCUCUUGUUUCAAUUUACUUGUAAAACGAAUAAUGAUGUACCGCAUCGGGUACCUGGACAAGUUUUCGAAAGAAAUAUUAAAGUUAAUAGACAAGAUCUAUUUGAUGAUUCACCAUGGCCUAAACUUGAUGUUAAAUUCACUGUGAAAGAUGAAAAUGGACAAACAGUACAUACAAUAUUAGAGUCAACACCAAUUAGAUUUGAAGCUGAAUUGAUUGAUGAACGAAAUGUUUACAAAGCUAUUACUGUUGAAGAAUGUUAUAUGAUAGACAGGAUAAAAUCUGGUCAAAGAAAUGAAGAUUCCAAGGAAACUCUUUUAUUAUACAAAGGUUGUCCAAUGUUUAAAUCAAAUUUAAACAAUCAAUCAAUUAUUGGAUUUAAUUUUCAAAUGAAUCAAUAUGACAAUGAAAAAGUAUUCAUAUUUCAGCCUAAUAACAAUAAUAAUAAUAAUAAUUUACAUCAAUUACAAACUGGUUUAUUUUAUCUUUAUUUAAAUAAACAAUCAAUAAUUGAUUUAGAUAAAACACAAUCAAUGAAUAAAACAAUAAAAGUGAUAAAACCAAAUAUAGAAAAAAUAAAUAAAAAUAAAAAUGUUACAAUUACUCCUAAUAAACCAAUAAAAUUAAUUGAUAAACAAAUGAAUUUAUUUGAUGAUAUAUAUAAACAAAAAUUAAAUGAAAUUGGAUAUAGAAUACAUGAAUUAAAAUUUACUUGUAUAUUUCGUAUAUGUAAACAAUUAGCAUGGUGUUCUUGGCCUUCUACGUGUGAUUCAACUGUAUCAAGUUUGAAUAAUCCUCGUAUAACAUUUCUGCCACCAAGUCUACGAAUAAUACAACGUUCCAUACCAUUAUAUUUAAUUGAAAGUAUUCCAAGUAGUCAGUUACCAGUGAAAAAACAAGUUACAUCAAGAAUUUGUGGAGAAUUAUUUUGUUCAAAUACAUUACAUAUAUUAUUAAUGAUGAGUUUAGUUGGUAUAUUAACUUGUUUAAUGGGUGUAAUGGGUAUGUUAUUAGCACGUAAAUAUCGUCAUCAUUUAAAUCAAACAAGAAAUUCAUUAAUACAAUCAAAAUCAAUCACAAUAAAACAAAAUCAUUGUACACAACAUAAUGAAAUAAAUAAAAAUUAUUAUAAUCCAAUUAAACAAUCAUCAAUAUCAAAAUAUCUAAUUCAUAAACCACAAUGUCAAUCAGAACAACAAAUAGAUAAUGAAAUAUUAAAAAGUCUUUUAACAGUUGAUAAUCAUAUAAAUACUAAUACUAAUCAUAUUACGAAUAAUAAUAAUAAUAAUACUAGUAAUGUUAGUAGUACUAGUAGUAGUAGUAAUAGUAAUAGUAGUAAUAAUAAUAAUCAACCAUAUACAAUGGAUAUUAAAGAUUGUUGUAAAUAUUGGUUAAAUGAACAUUCAUAUGCUAAUCCUUUAUUGUUACAAAGAUCUUCACUUCAUGAUCUACCUUUAUGCCAACAUCAUCAUCAUCGUCAUCAUCUUCAUCAUCCUCAUCAUCAACAACAACAACAACCUUAUCAGCAACAUCAACUUUAUCAUUCACAAUGUCAACAACAUCAACAACCAUCACAAUAUCAAUUACAACAUUAUCAAAUUUCACCAUCAUCUACAGUGGCUACUCCAAGUCAUUGUUCAUGUUUAAAUGAGACAUUAUUUAAUGAUAGUAAAAUAAUACAAAAUUUAUCUAAUUAUUAUACAUUAAAAGGUUAUACUACAUUACCAAUAACUACAUCCAAUACAUUUACAUCAUUUAAAUCAAUAGAAAAUUCUAAACAAAAUGAUGAUUAUCCAUUGAUGAAUCGGACAACAACAGCAUUUAUAUUGGAACCAACACAUACAAUGAUAAGUAGUAUUAAUAGUAGUAUUACUACUACUACUACUAUCACUACCACUACUACUGCUACUAUUAUCACUACUAUUAGUAAUAAUGAUACACAUAAUUAUGGAAAUAACAAUCAUAUGAAUGUAAGUACUAUGAGCGAUAUUCAUGAAUUGAUUACAUCAUCAUACCCGACAACAAAUAUAAAUCAAUUCACGGAUUCUUAUCCACAUCCUUCAUUUCAACUCCAAGAUGACGUAAUACUAUUUCAAAACAAUAAUAAUAAUGAUAAUAAUAAUAAUAAUAAUUCAAAUAAUGAACCAAAUAAUAAUCAAUGGUGUACAAUUAAAAAUUUACAAUUUAUCAAUAAUAAAUCAAAUCAUUUAUCAUUACAAUCUCAAUAUAAAAAAUUAUCUCCAUUUGAUGAUACUAUUUAUUUUGGUAUAGAUUAUCAUAAUCCUAAUUGUACAAUGAAUCCAAUAAUAGAAACAAUACAAUUAGAUACAAAUGAAUUACAACAUAAUCAAAUACAAUCACAAUGUAUACAACAAUCAUUGAAAUAAUAAUCGAAAAAAAAUGACAAUAUAACAGAAAAACGAAUUAUUAAUUCUGUUAGAAUGGAGAAUAUAAAUCUGCUCAUCAGUUUAUACUUUAUAUUAAUCUUCAACUAUUAUUAUCAUUAUUUAUACUUUUAACUAAAAUGUACAUAAAUGAAAAAGAAACUAACACCAUCAAUUCAGUGUAUACUUUGAAAUGAACAGUAUAGUUUGUUGUAGUAUAUGAUUAUGCUCAUUUUAUAAAUUGUACAUGAUAUAUACAUAUUACUUAAAUAUUUAUAAGGAAGUAGCUAAUAUACAGUUGUAAUAUAUACAUAUAUAUACAUUAAACAUUUAAAGAGUACAUUUUAAAACACAAAUCUUUAAUGAAUAUUUACAGGAAUAAGCAAACAAACAGAACAGAACAGAACGGAACAGAACGGAAUAGUUCUCCUAAUUAAUGGUUGUGCACUAAUUUUGAUAUAUAUUUAUAAUCAAAUUAAUGAGAAAUAUUCUACACAAAUAUAUAUGCACGUACAUAUGAAUAUUUUGUAUACACAUACACACAUUUAUACAUGCGUGCACACGAGCACACACACACAAACACAUGCACAAAUCUAUCUCGUUUACACUAAAUUUGUUAUGACUUUACUUUCUUUCAGGAGAAGGAGAGAGAGAGGAAAGAAUACAACUUAAGGAAUAACAUAAUCUUUAUAAGUUUCUGAUUCGUUAGACGAUCAGUUAAACAAAGAAAACUAUACAUUGUAAUCUAAAUGUAAUUUGUAAUAUUUUGCAUUUGACAAAAGAAUGAUUUUAGAUUUUAGUUGUGUUGAUCUUUCUCCAAGUUUAGGAGCACUGUUUGUUUUUUUAAAAAAGAAUAUGUAACUUUUACUAAACG